UUUUUUUUAAUUUUUAUUUUGUCUCUCAGCUUAUCAACUUCACGUUCUCUUCUCUUUCUCUCUCUACAGAUUUUUCCAAACGCUCAGAAAAUUGGGAACUUCUCAUUCUUCUUCUUCUUCCCUCACGGUCGCGGUUCAUUUCUUAGAAUCUAACCCUAAUCUUCACCGAUUUCGACUGUGGAAUAGUUUGUCAGAUCUCCUUGUUGUUUGUUGUGGAAUAACCCUAACAAAGAGACGUUAUUUCGAUUGAUUUGUCGUUUCGGAUUUUGUGGCGGAUGCGUUAUUGGAGGUGCGUCGGUAGCGUUCUUGUGGAUAAGGUAUCGUUGGAACUGGUUUUGAUUAAAUUGAACCAUUGAUGCCGCCGGAGCCAUUGCCAUUCGACCGGAAGGACUUUUUGAAGGAUAGGAAGCCGUCGUAUGCGGACCCUGUAGGAAUUGUUCCGCCGCGAUGGAGAGAGCCGCCUACUACUCCUUCGCAGCAUAACAUCCAUGGAUCCUCCUCGUUUUGUCGAUGGGGCGCUGGAGGCGGACCGUCUGAUUUCCGCCGACCCUUUUCCGGUCUUCAUGGUAAACGGGUUGGUGGUGGCUGGCACAAUACAACAGUUGAAUCAGGCAGCAAAGAGAAUAAUUGUAUGGCUUUUGGUAGUCUGAAAGACCCUAAAGGAGUCAACUCUUGGGAGACCACUGCAUCACCCAACGGUAACUCUCUUCCCCAUAAUGACUUUGUGAACUCGCUGGACCAACUUCAGUCAGCUGACCAACAUGCUAAGAACAGCCAACUGGGUAACAACACUCCUCUUGGAUCCCCUUCUGAGGAUGCUUCCCCCUGUGUGACACCAAUGACUCAUGAUGAGGCCACCUCCCGCAAGAAGCAGCGCCUUGGAUGGGGGGAAGGUCUUGCCAAGUAUGAGAAAAAGAAGGUUGACCCUGAAGAUAUUCUUGAUAAAGAGGCUGGAGCUAGAAAUGGUAUGGUUGAUGGUGUCAGUGGCUCUGAACCUUUGCUUACUAGUCCUUCUAGUUUGACUGAUAAAAGCCCCAGUGUCAAUGGUUAUUCAGAAUGUGCAUCUCCUACUACUCCUUACUCGUAUGCCUGCAGUUCCUCUCCAGGUCUAGAAGAAAAGGAAUCUACUAAGACAGUUACAGUGGAUAACAGCACCUGUAAUCCUGCUUCUUGUCAUGUGUCUGAGAAUGACACAGAGGGAUUAUCAUCAAAUUUGGAGAAUUUGGAGCUCAACUUGAGCUCUGCACUUGAUAAACUGCUGCAGGCUGAUGAUUUGUGUUCUCCAGGGUCUAAAUUUGUGAAAUCUACGGCAAUGGACAAGUUACAUGUAUGGAAAGCAGAGCUGACAAAGACACUUGAAAUCACAGAAACUGAAAUUGAUUCUCUUGAGCAUGAAUUGAAGUGUUUGGUUUCUGAUGCUGGUUCUUUCCCAACAGAAUACCAGAAUAAGACUUGUGGUGGACCUUUGCCUGUGGAGAAAACUGAUAGUUCUCCAGAAGAAGUUAAUGAUUCAGAUGACAAGAGUUCAGACACAACAUCUGAAUUUGUGGAAUCCGUUUCUAAAUGCUCUGAAGAUGUUGGUAAUGAUGAUGCUUUAGGCUUUGUAACUUCAUGUGGGGACCGCAGUAGCUCUACAGUUUCAGAUGGUGAGGAUGUAGAUAAUGGCAGAGAAGAUGAUAAGUUAUAUGAUUUCAUAUUCGCUACAAACAAAGUAAUAGCAAAUGAAACUUGUGAUGAACUUAAUAGGAUAUUAUUGCCAACUACACACUUAUGUAACAAGAUUUCAAAAUCCACCGAUGAAUCAUUGAAUAAGACUAAAAUUGCUUCGAGGAAGCGUUUUCUAAAGUUUAAGGAAAGGGUUAUCACAAGUAAGUUUCGGGUAUUACAACAUGCAUGGAAGGAAGAUCUUCAGUUGCUUUCUGUAAAAAAAACUGGUGCCAAGUCACAGAAGAAGUUUGAAUCGAGCUCACGUAUAGGAUAUGCUGAUCAUCAGAAAUACUGCUCUUCAAUUUAUUCUCGUUUAUAUUCUCCUGGUGGGAGUGUGAGCCUGGUUCCAACCACAGAGACACUUGAUUAUGUGAAGAAGCUGCUUUCAGAUUCACGGGUGAAGGUUCAGAGAAAGACAUUAAAGAUGCCUUGUUUGAUAUUAGACAGGAGCGAACGAAUGAUGACAAGGUUUGUUUCAGAUAAUGGAUUGGUGGAGAACCCUGUUGAAGUUGAAAAGGAAAGAUCCAUUGUCAGUGCCUGGACAGAAGAAGAGCAGGGAAUCUUUUUGGAGAAGUAUUCUUUGUUUGGAAAAGAUUUCAAGAAAAUUGCGUCUUUUCUGAAAAACAAAACAUGUGGUGAUUGUGUUGAGUUUUACUACAAGAAUCACAAGUCUGAUUGUUUUCAGAAGAUAAAGAAGAAAUCAGCAUUUGCAAAAGGGAUGUCUUGUAUUACUAAUACUUACCUGGUGACAUCUGGGAGGCGAAUGGCAGCGGAUGCUACUUCCCUUGAGAUGCUUGGUGCUGCUUCAGAAAUGGUUGCCAGUGUGGAUGGUGAACAUAAACUGCAUUCAGAAAUGUUUUGUAAUAAGCAGGAAACUGGUGCAGGUGAUGAGAGUUGUGGAGGAGAGAUGAAUCCUACUUCUUCUGAUUGGACAGAUGAAGAGAAGUCUAGUUUCUUGCAGGCAGUGAGAUCUUAUGGGAAGGAUUUUUCAAUGAUUUCAAGAUGCAUGAAAACAAGGUCCAGAGAUGAGUGCAAAGUUUUCUACAGCAAGGCUCGGAAAUGUCUUGGAUUGGAUUCCGUUCACAGUAAAGCUGGUGAUGGUGAUGGUGAUGAUGAUGGUGAUGUUGAUCAUGGUCAUGGUCAUGAUGAUACAUGCAUGGUGGAUAGUGGGUCGGUUAUCUCAUGCGAUAAAUCAUCUUCAGAUGUAAAGAUGGAAGUAGAAGACCUCCUUCACUCAUCUGAUUCAAAGCAAGAAGUUCCUGAAUCUGAAUCUGAGCAGAUUGUAGUAAACGAGGAGUCAAAACAGUUACAGGACCUUAAUUCAAGAGACAGCAGUAUCUGUAUGGAUUUAAGCAUUGAGCAGCAACCUGUGAAUAACAAUAACACUAACAAAAUGGAGUUGAAUGGUGUAGAAAAGUCAAAGGGUUGUCUUCCAGGUGUGAGUUCACACAGGAAGAGUGUUAGCCAAGAUGAUAUUGAUACAUCAUCAAGACUCUCAUUUAGAAAAAGCAUUGGUGGUUCUCAAAGAUGUUCAAGUACUGAUGGGUAUCAUCAUCUUCCAAAACAUUCAUUAAUGGAUUGUGUUGAAUCCUCUCAAGUUGUUGUACAAAAAGAUGAAAAUCUGUUACCAGAGCGCUGUCUGCCACGUGAUUCUUGUUUGCAAAAACAGAGUCAGAGACAGAGACAGAGACAGGAGGUUCCAUUGAGGAGGAGUUAUGGGUUUUGGGAUGGGAACAGAAUACAAACCACCGGGUUUCCUUCUUUACCAGAUCCUUCUUCCAUCUUGGUUUCUGGUUUUGGUAAUUCUUCUUCAUCUUCUGGUUUUCAAACAAGACAAGUGUAUUCAUACAAAAACCAGGAGCCUUUCAAAGGGGUUUUGGUUUCAGAUCCAGUGGCAGCCAUUAGAAUGCAUUAUGCUAAAACAGAACAGUACAACAAUGGCAGUAAUAGCGGUGAUAUAGGUAGCAGAUGA